CACCUGACUUGGUGGCUAGAUUUAAGUUAAAGUUUUUUCAGUCUGAUGGACAAAGCAGAUGUGUGAGCAUGAAUUCAAUCGUGAAAAGUCUUUAUUAAAAUACAAAGAGUCAACAUAUGUCACGUGGGGGAGGCAUAUUACUAAGAAUGUAAAUUCUUAAGACAAAACCUUCCUAUAGCCCAUGUGAUAAAUCUCUUUUCUGUUCCUAGUCUUAUGAAGGGCAUAUUAUGAUGCUUUAGGGCGCAUUUAUUUGUUGGACUUACCACAAUUCAUAAUUAAGUAUUUAGUUUUGUGAUUAUUUUUUAAUAUAGGAAAUGAACACAGCAUAAGGCCAGUGGCAUGUUGUUUUUUUUUCUCAUUGCAUUUUCUUCAGUGAUGAAGCUGGUGCCUGAGGCAUUGUUGGAGGUUAAUAGAUACUUAUGGAAUGAAGGAAUGGAGUGUGGUAGAAAGAGUCUUAUUUUCUGAGGGAGGAGAUACGAGUUCUAUACUCAGAACCACUACUAAGUAGCUGUGAUUUCUAAGGCAAGUGACUUAGUCUCUUGGUCUUGGUUUACCCAUCUGUCAAAUAAGGAUUUCAUAUUUAAACACUUUUUUCCCCCAGACAGUGUUACUUGGGAUCUUGGAGAUUCUAGGAGGUGCCCUGAAUUGCAGAAUGCAAAAACCCAAGAGCUGGGGACACUUGGUCCUCCACCGCUACUUUCCAAACAAAGAGAUCUACUUAUUUCUGUUUUAUAUGUUAGGAUACUAUCAAAAUGUUUAUUUACAAAAUGAUUUCAAUGCUUAAAAAAUAUUCAAAACCCAUAAUUUAAAUUGGAAAAUCUCUAAGUCUCCUUUUAGCAGCUAAAUGCCUGGGCUUUCCUCAUCCCCAGAAUCUUCACUUUAUCCAGGGUUUUGAUAAAGUGUCACCUCCUCAGAGAGACCCUACUUGACCAACAAAUCUCUUGGUAUAAUUUGUAUUUAUUACCUGGUAUUAUUCUCUAUUUUGUGUGGCAGGUGUUAGUGUAUAAAUCUUAUCUCCUCAACAGCACUGCAGGUUCUUUGGGAGUGAGGGCCACAUAAUGUAUAUCACUUUCUCCACCCUAAUCAGUACUUAACAUAAGGCCAGAAAUGUAAUGGAUAUUAGUAUUCAACCUAUUCAUUCACAAAUCUUUAGAGAACUACUCGUAAUGGUUAUCAUACAUUAGACACUUGACAUUUACAAGUCUCUCAAGAUACCAUUUAAUUUCUUCACCUUUAAAGUGGGGGAAAGAGUACUUUCUUCAAAUGUUCAUUUUGAAGAGUAAUGAAGAUCAUGCAUUAGAUGAGAAUAGCAAAGCUCUGAUGAGCUGUAGAUUCUGGGCUGGGGGUAAGGUUCACUCACUGUCUGAGUGAUUAGUGCUAUGUCUCUCCCCUACUCAAAACCCUUUAGUAGCUCCCUCUUGCCUCAAAGAUUGAACUAGACAUAUGUUAUGGUGCCUGACCAGCUUUCCUAUCCCUCUUCCCUGCUACCAUUUCUAAAAUCUUUUCCCACCCCAUGUGAUUCUGAUGUGUCCACAUCCAAAGCCCCCACUCCUUCCCCAGUUGUUCUGUCUUUUUUUUGCUAAAACUAUUAUGAACGAUGACUCUCUUCUUUUUGGUUCACAAGUCAUAGGUAUGCAGGCCUACAUUGCUGCUAUUCUUCUUUCCCGUGAAAAAGCCUGUAGUGCACUAGGAGCAAAUAAGGUUAAUAUGCAAAGUAAUGUGGAGACAGAGCUUGCUGAUAGAGAGAGAAAGAACUGAUGCUAUUAUUUAAGUCCCUAGAUCCACUCAAGGUAGUAGGGUUGUUGUCAGGGUUAAAUGAGUUAAUAAUGGGAGUGCUGCAGCCACUGCCACCGAUUCCCGAUCUCAUUGCCACACGCCCCGACGACCGCCUGAUGUGCAUUCCUGAUUCCUUUUGGUUCCAAGUCCAAUGUGGCAACUCUCAAGGAUCAGCUGCUUCAUAAUCUUCUAAAGGAAGAACAGACCGCCCAGAAUAAGAUUACAGUUGUUGGGGUUGGUGCUGUUGGCAUGGCCUGUGCCAUCAAUAUCUUAAUGAAGGACUUGGCAGAUGAACUUGAUCUUGUUGAUGUCGUCGAAGACAAAUUGAAGGGAGAGAUGAUGGAUCUCCAACAUGGCAGCAUUUUCCUUAGAACACCAAAGAUUGUCUCUGGCAAAGACUAUAACGUAACUGCAAACUCCAAACUGGUAAUUAUCAUGGCUGGGACAUGUCAGCAAGAGGGAGAAAGCCGUCUCAAUUUGGUCCAGCGUAACGUGAACAUCUUUAAAUUCAUCAUUCUUAAUGUUGUAAAAUACAGCCUGAACUGCAAGUUGCUUAUUGUUUCAAAUCCAGUGGAUAUCUUGACCUACGUGGCUUGGAAGAUAAGAGGUUUUCCCAAAAACCGUGUUAUUGGAAGUGGUUGCAAUCUGGAUUCAGCCCAAUUCCGUUACCUGAUGGGGGAAAGGCUGGGAGUUCACCCAUUAAGCUGUCAUGGGUGGGUCCUUGGGGAACAUGGAGAUUCCAGUGCACCUGUAUGGAGUGGAAUGAAUGUUGCUGGUGUCUCCCUGAAGACUCCGCACCCAGAUUUAGAGACUGAUAAACAUAAGGAACAGUGGAAAGAGGUUCACAAACUGGUGGUUGAGAGUGCUUAUGAGGUGAUCAAACUCAAAGGCUACACAUGCUGGGCCAUUGGACUCUCUGUAGCAGAUUUGGCAGAGAGUACAAUGAAGAAUCUUAGGCAAGUGCACCCAGUUUUCACCAUGAUUAAGGGUCUUUAUGGAAUAAACGAUGAUGUCUUCCUUAGGGUUCCUUGCAUUUUGGGACAGAAUGGAAUCUCAGACCUUGUGAAGGUGACUCUGACUCCUGAGGAAGAGGCCUGUUUGAAGAAGAGUGCCGAUACACUUUGGGGGAUCCAAAAAGAGCUGCAAUUUUAAAGUCUUCUGAUGUCAUGUCAUUUUACUGUCUAGGCUACAACAGGAUUCUAGUUGGAGGUUGUACAUGCUGUCCUUUUUAUCUGAUCUGUGAUUAAAGCAGUAAUAUUUUAAGAUGGACUGGGAAAAACAUCAA